UCGAGCUCCAGUGAGCGCGAGGUUUGUUUAGUUCGUAGCAGUAGUGCUAAUAGCUAACUCACUAACUUACUUUCGAACUAACUAGCAGUUAAUGUUGCAGAUUUGUCAUUUGUGAUGAACUUAAACACGGUCAUAGCUCGUCAUGGUGUGCCUUAUGAAAAACCCUAGGAAUUGCUCAGAUUACAUGGUAUGGAUUCACCCUUAAAAAAUAUGUACGACACUUUCAAGGAUGACAUCUGGAAAGAACUGGGACCACUGGACCCCAACUGGUUUGAUGUGCUGACAGCUCAGGGAUGCACAAAUGGGGAAACUUUCUUUGAUCAAGAUGGAAAUUUUAAAACAAUCCCUGAAAAGCCUGCAGCAGAGAGCCAACUGUUCUCAACACCAAAAGUUUUCAGACACUAUAGAGUUGUGUCACCUGAGAAUGACCAGUCCUUCACCAUUCCACAAGACAAAGAAGUUUUACCACAGACAGCAAGAAGUCCAUGUUUGUUUGGGGUAUCAGAAGAAGGGACAAGGAUGUUCAAAUUAUAUGGAGGCAUUCCGCCUCAAAGUCCAGAUGGUUUUGGCCUUUAUCAUACACUACAAAAGUCUCCAGUCAGUUUUGCCAAGCAUAUAUCUGAAAGUCUUGGUGCACAGAUUCAUCCAGAUUUAUCAUGGAGCAGUUCUCUGAAUACCCCACCACCAGUGUCAUCCACCCUCAUUCUGUCUAAAGCUGAUGAGAGUCCCCACCCAGUGAGUCUUUGUGCAGAACAAAAUGUUUUUUUUGUACGAAAGCUUUUCCCUUCACUUUCAUCUAGAGUUCCUGUUGUCUCAACAAAAAAUGGUUAUCUGCCCACCCUUGAGCAAGCAGAUGGAGAUCCUGUUGAGAAGCUUCAAAGUUCACCACACCAGCCUGACAGUGUCUGGAGACAGACUGUACCCGCUGCUAUUAAGGAUAGAGAUAUUAAAAGCGCAGUGACUAGUGUGCUAGAUGGAACUGAAGAUGUUCUUUCUAUAUUCUUCUCCAACACUAUUUCAUCACUGAGAAAAGUGAAAGCUGACAGAAACAAAAGGAGGCCAAGCAUUUUGACGAAAGGAGAUAGCUGCAGCUCUACAAACAUGAUGACUGCAAGCAGUGUGUCACCAAGCGAACAGAACACAAUUGAUCAGAAACCUAAUGGAGUUCCUGCAUCUCCACAGUUGAAAUGUCCAGAAAAAACUGAAGACAUUGAAAUCACCCAGUGGUCUCCAAUGAAUUUAUCUGACAUUACACACUGUACUGUGAAUACAACUUUCCAUAAUAAUUGUCCUGCUAAAGAAGAAGAAGACAAAGUUCCACCAGAACAACUGGGAAAUAGCUUUGCGUCUACCCUGCAAGGCAGGCCAUCAGUGAAAAACACAGAUGUGAAAUUUGCUAAGAAGAGGAGAAAAUUUGUUUACACUGUUGGCAGUGUGAAGUCUCAAGCAGCUUCUCAGAAAACAGACUUACCACCACGGAUUCACGUUUCUGAACCAGAAGUGAUUCCCAAGCAGAGUGAGAAGGCCUUGGAUGAAGUGGAUUGUUACAGUGAUGACAAGAAAACCUUAGAUAUCAACAACAAAAUUAAAAAACUUGGAAAUUUCACUGAAGAAGGUCCACUACCCUCAGUACAAGAUAAAGUCCAGGAUGUUGAAAUGUCACAGCUUUGCAGAGCUUUUGCACAAGACCUCAGUCAAAUGUUAGACACUGGAAAACCGAGUAACGCUGCAGAGCAUGAACUUCGAAAUGGCUUCUCUCCAUUUGCUUGUCUGUCAGCUUUGAAACAAGCAAAGCAAAAUUCAAGCCAAAUGCUUGCAAACUUUGGCUGUGAUUGUAAUACAGUUGGUAAGAGAACAUCUAUUUCUCCUGCUAAUCCAAGUAACUUUGUCAUUCAAAGCUCAAAAAGUGACAGUGGAUUUCAGUCUGCUGUAUUAGAUAACAGUCACAUGUCUGCAUCAUCAGCACUUUACCCCAGCUCAGAGAAAGGUGUUCAGAGUCACCAGUCAGCAGACUUUAAAAUGGACACCCACAGGACUACUCUAUUUAAGUUUGUAAUUACAGAAAAGGACAAUGCUCAAUUGGGUGAUAGUUUCCAAGGAACUGAAACAAAUGCGAAGUUUCCCAACAUAGACCAGGAAAAGGAGAUGCUGAGCCUUGGAAUACAGAGUGACCAGGAAAAGGAAAUGCUGAGCCUUGGAGUAAAGAGUGCGGUCAGUGCAGACAGCAUAUCCGUACAGCUGAAUGGCACUGGAGAAGGGCACCCCACCACUGUAAAAUGUUUCCCACCCAGUGAUCAAAUUUGUGACAGUAUGCUGCAGAAAACUCCACAUUCCUUUCCUUCUGUGGAGGCUUCAGGAUUCAGAACGGCUUCCAGUAACUAUAUAAAGGUUUCCUUGGCAAACCUCAAGAGAGCCAGGCAUCUUUUUGAAGAGAAUGAAGGUGAAAACCUUUCUGAAGACCAAGUCACCAAAUCUAUGCAUCAGAGCAAUGCCAAAAUUAGCACUGUUGUUGGAUCAGGGAAAAAUAAAAACUCAAAUCAUCCAACAUGUUCAGCUAAAAAACCUGAAGACUACUUAACAGCUUCACAAAAAGCUGAUGUGACAGAGCUGUGCAGUCUGUUGGAAGAAGCAGACACUCAGUUUGAAUUUACACAGUUCAAAGCUACCAAACUAAACCAACGUUGCAAAGGUAAUGCCACAUCUUCUCAGGAAGCUGACAAAGAAGUUGACCCUGAUUUUCUUUCAGGAAUAGAUUUUGAUGACAGCUUCGAUUUAGAUGCUGAAAAGCACUUUGAAAAAGCAACUGACAAAAUGGCCUCUAUUUCUCAUCAUAAAUGUAACCAUGAACCACUGAUUACUUUAAAUAAAGCCAGAAGUCCUUCAGAGUCAAAUGCAGUCAAAGAUGAAAAUUCCUCCACUGAAGAUGUGCAUCUAUCUUCUAAGCAUAGUCCUGAAUGCAGUAGCAGGACUGCAUUAAAGGAACCUGUAAAUCUUGACAGAGCUGGAUAUACUACAACAAACAAGCCUGAGAACAAAAAUCCCUCAGUGCUUGGUUUGGGAUUUAAAACUGCAGGAGGAAACAACUUGAAAGUUUCAAAAGUAGGUCUGAGCAAAGCAGUGGCUUUGUUUGCCGAUUUAGAGAAUCCCAUGACAGUCCCAGAAACUGGUGGCAGCAGUCAGAAUCAGAAAUCACCAGACCAGCAAAGUCUUGAAAGUGUUACUCAUAAUGAGCUUCAGCAAAGUGUGGCUAAAGACACUGGUAAAAUUUUGUGUAGUAGAGAGGAUGAGUGUAAUUUCAACGGAAGUAGCUUGGAGAGAGAUCCAGUCUGUUUUUGCAACCUGACAGACAAGCAUUCCUCAUUUUGUACAAAUGAUGAACUUGCAAUGGACCUUUUUGGAAUCAAUAAAAUUGUUUCAAAUACCUCUCAAAUGGGCUUCCAGACAGCAAGUGGGAAAGGGAUUUCCAUUUCUGCUAAAGCGAUGCAAGAGGCAAAUACUUUCUUCAAAGACUCUGACCUUAAGUACAGUGGAGCUGGUAUGUCAGGAAUACAAAGAGUCGGUGAGAAAAAUCUUCUGACAUAUGCAAAUGUUCAGCAUAUGAAAGUGAACAAUUCUGAGGAAUCUCUACAGGGAUCCAUUGUGUGUGAACAUGUAGAUAUUGGAUUAGGUACUGCUCAUGAAAAACAUCAAGAUGAUGCUGAAGUACCCAGUGUUGCAUAUAAGCAUCCAAUGGCUAUGACAAAUGCAUCCUUCUACAUAAAUCAGUCUUCAACACCAAAGUCUCUUUCUUCAUCUCUGUGUACAUCAAAUAUUGGUUCCUCUGUUACUGCUGGAAAGAGCAGUUGUGGAUUCAGCACAGCAAGUGGGAAGAAAGUGUAUGUGUCAGCUAAUGCAAUGGCAAAAGCAAAGUCUCUUUUGAAUGAAAGUGAUAUGAUUGAGGCCGGUGACAGCCACCUGAAACUAGAUGACACUUCAAGAGUAAGUCAUCCAAUUAGCAUAAUUCAGGCUUCACCACAGCAAAAUGCUGGUUUUCAAACAGCAAGCGGCAAAGGCAUUUCAGUUUCAUCUGCAGCUCUUCAGAAAGCAAAAUCUUUUUUGAGUGAAUGGGAUGUUGAGGACAAAGACGAAACCCCCCAUUCCAGUGUUCUGUAUCCCCCACCAAGGAAAAGCGGAUUUUUUACAGCCAUUGGCAAACCCGUGACAUGUUCUGCUGAAGCCAUCCAGAAGGCAAAAGCUGUCUUCAGUGACAUUACAGCAAUUCCAGAUAUUUCAGACACAAAGGCGAAUGUGGAAUGUAAAGAGGGACAAAAAGGUCCACCAGAAAUACAUUGUUCUUUCACAACUGCAGGAGGCACAAAAGUUGAGGUGUCACAGAAAAGCCUACUGAAAGCAAAGCUUCUUUUGAAAGAACCUGCUGAUGGAGAAAGUCCUGAUUCUACAUGUAUCGCAAGCCUAUACUCCAUAACCUCUUUUGGCACCUAUAAGUCUGAUCUAUCAAAAAUAGAUAUUUUGAAAAACACUUCAGAUUGUAAUUUCCAUAAAGCCAAUCAGCAUGAUCUCCCUGGAGUGGGUGUUGCUCCUCAGGAAGUUGUCCCAUGCAGUGAGAGACUAGAUUCAACUGUUGGAACUGUUGAAACGGUUGGAAGCUCCAGUCAGUGUAAUUUUGAAAUGGUGAAUGACAGAUGUGAUCCUGAUUUGGAGAACAUAUCCAAAGAUUCAUUAAAGAUCAAGGACUGUACAUUUACCACCUUUGGAAUAAAAUGUUCAAUGGUUCACUCUGAAAUCAGUCAAUGCUGCACUGGCGCACGCAGCUUGCUGAGUACAGAGGAGUCUGCCAUUCUAAGCACUCACUCACGUGACCUCAGAGGUUGCAUGGAUACACAGCAGGAAGCUCUGGAUUGUACCAAAGCAUUUUUAGAAGAUGACGUUCAGAUUGGUAAAGGUCUCUCCAUGAUAUUAGAAAAUGUGCCAUUGCAAGAUAAAGCAAAGGCCAGCAAGAGCUCUAACAAGACACAAAGGGGAGCAGGAAAACGUUCUGUGGAGGAUGCAGAUAUGAGCAGUCAGCCUCCCCUGAAAAGAAGUUUGAUGGAAGAUUUUGACAGAGCUGUAGAUUGUCCAGUGGGGCCUACUGUCCUCCCUGAAAGAAUGUAUCCAGAUGGUAUGAUGAAAGACAGGAGUGUGUUUCAGUAUAGCAACUCACUUCAGCCAAUUAUGACAACACCACCCACGGAUGUAAAAAACUCUAUAGAUAGCCAGUGGCAGAUGAGAACACCACACUUCACCCCAGGAGGAGGUAGAUCUUCACAUUCCAAGAUGACAGUUUUUGUUCCUCCAUUUCCAAAAAAUAAAAAGAGAGAAGCACACAAAAGUACUGUGCCCAGGGACAGCACAACAGCUACAUUUGUUCCUCCAUUCAAAAAAGUGAGAACUAUUCUCCAUGAAAGAUAUUCAUCAAAGCCAGAAGAGCCUGCUCAAGCAAACACUUUUGUUCCAGUAACCUCAAAAACACUAAGUAGGACAGAGGUCACUGGUACAAUGAGCACAGAAGACAUUUGGACAUCGUCCUUGGUUGAAACUGGAAGUGAUAAACAUCUGAAUAGUCUGAACCUUCUUGUGGACUGUGGAGUAGAUGUUCUGACUACAGAAACACCAGAAGUGGAGGACAAACCUGAAGGCCAGGAUUUGGUACAGAACCUUCAGAACAUAGACCUGGCAAGAGAUAUGCAAGAAAUGAGAAUAAGGAAAAAGAAACGGCAGACCAUUCGACCUGUACCAGGGAGUGUUUUUCUAACUAAAAUGUCAGGAGCAUCAAGAAUUUCAUUGAAACUUGCAGUGAAUGGACAAAACCCCAGCAAAUGCACUCCAAAAGAGUUGCAUUGUUACGGGGUGCAUCAGCAUGUGAUUGAGAUCACCAGCGAGACUGCAGAGUCGUAUCGCUUCAGUUUACAGCGUUUUUUUGGACUGGAGGCAUUUAUAGUUGAAGGUGGUGUUCAGCUUGCUGAUGGAGGUUGGCUGAUCCCCAGCAAUGAUGGGACUGCAGGGAAAGAAGAAUUCUAUAGGGCACUGUGUGACACACCAGGGGUAGAUCCAAAGCUGAUCAGUGAAGAGUGGGUGAACAAUCACUACCGGUGGAUAGUGUGGAAACGGGCCUCCAUGGAAAGAUCCUUUCCAGAAAUAAUGGGUAGCCUCUGUCUCACCCCAGAACAAGUUCUCUUACAGCUGAAGUACAGAUAUGAUGUGGAGGUGGACCACAGCCGCAGAUCAGCUCUGAGAAAGAUCAUGGAAAGGGACGACACCGCGGCAAAAACCCUGGUUCUCUGUGUUUGCGGGGUCGUCUCCUGGGGUCAUUCACAAUCAACUCAGAAUGAGAACAACAACAAGGCCGCACAGGGUCCCAGCUCAAAGGCUAAAAAUCCCAUUGCAGUUGUGUGGAUGACAGAUGGGUGGUAUCCCAUUAAAGCCCAGCUAGAUGGACCUUUGACAGUGCUACUCCAGACAGGUCGGCUGACUGUUGGUGACAAGUUGAUCACUCAUGGGGCUCAGUUGAUAGGAUCGCAAGAUGCUUGUUCCCCUCUUGAGGCACCGGACACUCUCAUGCUGAAGAUUUGUGCCAAUAGCAGCAGACCUGUACGAUGGGACACUAAGCUGGGGUUUUACAGAGAUCCUCGACCAUUCUUACUUCCUCUGUCUUCUUUGUACAGCAGUGGUGGGCCAGUAGGCUGUUUGGACAUUGUCAUACUGAGAAGUUACCCCAUACAGUGGAUGGAAAAAAAAACAGAUGGAGGUAUUGUGUUUCGUUCUGCUCGUGCAGAAGAGAGAGAGGAGAGACGUUACAACAGCCACAAACAGAAGGCCAUGGAAACCCUUUUUGCCAAGAUUCAAGCUGAAUUUGAGGAUGAAGAAAAAGGUAUUAACAAACCUCUUGGUGGAAAGCGGACACUUGGUCUUCAAGAUAUGGCAAGUCUGCAAGAUGGAGAGGAGCUGCAUGAAGCAGUGGGAGAUGAUCCAGCUUACCUAGAGGCUAAUUUGAGUGAGAAACAGUUGCAGACUUUAUGUAGCUACAGGCGCUCACUGGUGGAGAAAAAACAGGGUGAUAUCCAGGAAAGGUACCGUCGUGCUGUGGAAAAUGCAGAGGGCAAUGAAGAAGGCUGCCCCAAGCGAGAUGUUAGCCCUGUAUGGAGACUCUGCGUUGCCGAUUCCAUGGAGCAACUUGGAAAUUUUUACCAGUUGAACCUUUGGCGGCCUUCUCUGGAGCUACAGUCUUUGCUGAGGGAAGGUUGUCGAUAUAAAGUCUAUAACCUCACCACUUCUGAUGGAAAGAAACACAUUGGUAACACAAGAGUUCAGCUCACUGCAACAAAGAAGACACAGAUUCAGGAGAAACAGGUGUCCCAGGAGUGGUUGUCAACACGUUUUCAACCUCGGGCAUCUGUCAGUUUUGUGGAUCUUCAAAACCCAGAAUUCCAGCCAUUGUGUGGAGAGGUUGAUCUUGUGGGCUAUGUCAUCACAAUCAUUGAUGAGCAUGGUUCUUCUCCUGCAUUUUAUCUGGUCGACGGGGAACAGAACUUUGUUAAAGUGCGCUGUUUCAGUGGCUUUGCUCAGUCUGGCUUGGAGGACAUUGUCAAACCACUGGUGCUGCUGGCUCUGAGCAACCUUCAGCUGAGAACUCACUGCUCAUCAACCCUUCCUGUUGCGUUUGCUGGAGACUUGACCAUCUUUUCUACCAACCCUAAAGAAAUUCAUUUGCAGGAGACCCUCGGCAAACUAAGAAACAUGAUUCAGGGUCAGGACAAAUACUUUUCAGCUGCUGAGGAGAAGCUUUCUCAUCUCAUUCGAGCUGAUGGCCUGAGCUUCACGUCUCCAGCUUUGCAACCUUCAACUCCUGGUCACAAAAUGGACAGAAGACAAGACACCCCAGCAUCUAUAACAUCUUGCCAGCCAGUCAGAAGCCUUGGUUCAUUCACCCCUGUGACCAGGAAUCUUCCUCCCAUAAAUUGUUCGGCAGAGAAAGACCCAAGAAGCCUCAAGAGAAAGAGAGCUCUGGACUAUCUUUCUCGUAUCCCAUCUCCUCCUCCACUAACCCAUCUGGGGUCAGUGAUUUCACCUUCCAUAAAGAAGACUUUUCAUCCCCCUCGGAGGUCUGGGACACCUGGCACUUUAAAAACUGCACAGACCCCUGCUCGCAAACCUGAUAAUUCACCCGUAGAAGUUGAAUGGGUCGGUGAUGAGGAACUGGUUAUGAUUGAUACCCAGGCUUUCCAUGUUGGAGAAUUACUAAUGUCAUCUUCUGCUGACACAGAGAGACGCACUGGUGAUAAUUCACAGAGUAACAAUGAAGACGACAAAGUCGGAUUCACCAGCACCGCCUUCAUUGGACCGGCAGGUCCUCCACAUACAGAGAAGACGGACAUCGAAGACAAACUGAGUGAGUUUUACAAAGAACUUGAGCACAUCGACUCACUUCACGGUGCUGAUGGUAACCAAGAGAAAAAAGAUGCAGCCUUACCUCAGACAUCCAUAUCACCCAAAACAUUAGAUACGCCGAAAGCCAGCUCAGGACAAACUCAUCACAUCAGCAUAUCCUCAGAUGGGAACACUGAGCAGGGAAGCAGGCAUCAGAAACUCCCAUCCUGGCCGCACUGGUAUCAAAAUGAGCCAUACAGGAAACAGAGGACCAGCAGCACGGACAUGAUCUCUGGCAUGAACAUGCCAACAAAUCCAAGCUUCCACAGACACCUGUUCCAUCGAUAUCCAUCUCCAUCUACUAUAUUCACCCGCACGUCCAGCUUUCCAAACAAGAGUCAUCCCUGGUCCCGCUCAGAACCAGAAGUGAUUCCCAAGCAGAGUGAGAAGGCCUUGGAUGAAGUGGAUUGUUACAGUGAUGACAAGAAAACCUUAGAUAUCAACAACAAAAUUAAAAAACUUGGAAAUUUCACUGAAGAAGCUGAAUGGCACUGGAGAAGGCACCCCACCACUGUAAAAUGUUUCCCACCCAGUGAUCAAAUUUGUGACAGUAUGCUGCAGAAAACUCCACAUUCCUUUCCUUCUGUGGAGGCUUCAGGAUUCAGAACGGCUUCCAGUAACUAUAUAAAGGUUUCCUUGGCAAACCUCAAGAGAGCCAGGCAUCUUUUUGAAGAGAAUGAAGGUGAAAACCUUUCUGAAGACCAAGUCACCAAAUCUAUGCAUCAGAGCAAUGCCAAAAUUAGCACUGUUGUUGGAUCAGGGAAAAAUAAAAACUCAAAUCAUCCAACAUGUUCAGCUAAAAAACUGAAGACACUUAACAGCUUCACAAAAGCUGAUGUGACAGAGCUGUGCAGUCUGUUGGAAGAAGCAGACACUCAGUUUGAAUUUACACAGUUCAAAGCUACCAAACUAAACCAACGUUGCAAAGGUAAUGCCACAUCUUCUCAGGAAGCUGACAAAGAAGUUGACCCUGAUUUUUCAGGAAUAGAUUUUGAUGACAGCUUCGAUUUAGAUGCUGAAAAGCACUUUGAAAAAGCAACUGACAAAAUGGCCUCUAUUUCUCAUCAUAAAUGUAACCAUGAACCACUGAUUACUUUAAAUAAAGCCAGAAGUCCUUCAGAGUCAAAUGCAGUCAAAGAUGAAAAUUCCUCCACUGAAGAUGUGCAUCUAUCUUCUAAGCAUAGUCCUGAAUGCAGUAGCAGGACUGCAUUAAAGGAACCUGUAAAUCUUGACAGAGCUGGAUAUACUACAACAAACAAGCCUGAGAACAAAAAUCCCUCAGUGCUUGGUUUGGGAUUUAAAACUGCAGGAGGAAACAACUUGAAAGUUUCAAAAGUAGGUCUGAGCAAAGCAGUGGCUUUGUUUGCCGAUUUAGAGAAUCCCAUGACAGUCCCAGAAACUGGUGGCAGCAGUCAGAAUCAGAAAUCACCAGACCAGCAAAGUCUUGAAAGUGUUACUCAUAAUGAGCUUCAGCAAAGUGUGGCUAAAGACACUGGUAAAAUUUUGUGUAGUAGAGAGGAUGAGUGUAAUUUCAACGGAAGUAGCUUGGAGAGAGAUCCAGUCUGUUUUUGCAACCUGACAGACAAGCAUUCCUCAUUUUGUACAAAUGAUGAACUUGCAAUGGACCUUUUUGGAAUCAAUAAAAUUGUUUCAAAUACCUCUCAAAUGGGCUUCCAGACAGCAAGUGGGAAAGGGAUUUCCAUUUCUGCUAAAGCGAUGCAAGAGGCAAAUACUUUCUUCAAAGACUCUGACCUUAAGUACAGUGGAGCUGGUAUGUCAGGAAUACAAAGAGUCGGUGAGAAAAAUCUUCUGACAUAUGCAAAUGUUCAGCAUAUGAAAGUGAACAAUUCUGAGGAAUCUCUACAGGGAUCCAUUGUGUGUGAACAUGUAGAUAUUGGAUUAGGUACUGCUCAUGAAAAACAUCAAGAUGAUGCUGAAGUACCAGUGUUGCAUAUAAUCUUCAACACCAAAGUCUCUUCUUCAUCUCUGUGUACAUCAAAUAUUGGUUCCUCUGUUACUGCUGGAAAGAGCAGUUGUGGAUUCAGCACAGCAAGUGGGAAGAAAGUGUAUGUGUCAGCUAAUGCAAUGGCAAAAGCAAAGUCUCUUUUGAAUGAAAGUGAUAUGAUUGAGGCCGGUGACAGCCACCUGAAACUAGAUGACACUUCAAGAGUAAGUCAUCCAAUUAGCAUAAUUCAGGCUUCACCACAGCAAAAUGCUGGUUUUCAAACAGCAAGCGGCAGGCUUUCAGUUUCAUCUGCAGCUCUUCAGAAAGCAAAAUCUUUUUUGAGUGAAUGGGAUGUUGAGGACAAAGACGAAACCCCCCAUUCCAGUGUCUGUAUCCCACCAAGGAAAAGCGGAUUUUUUACAGCCAUUGGCAAACCCGUGACAUGUUCUGCUGAAGCCAUCCAGAAGGCAAAAGCUGUCUUCAGUGACAUUACAGCAAUUCCAGAUAUUUCAGACACAAAGGCGAAUGUGGAAUGUAAGAGGGACAAAAAGGUCCACCAGAUACAUUGUUCUUUCACAACUGCAGGAGGCACAAAAGUUGAGGUGUCACAGAAAAGCCUACUGAAAGCAAAGCUUCUUUUGAAAGAACCUGCUGAUGGAGAAAGUCCUGAUUCUACAUGUAUCGCAAGCCUAUACUCCAUAACCUCUUUUGGCACCUAUAAGUCUGAUCUAUCAAAAUUGGGUGUUGCUCCUCAGGAAGUUGUCCCAUGCAGUGAGAGACUAGAUUCAACUGUUGGAACUGUUGAAACGGUUGGAAGCUCCAGUCAGUGUAAUUUUGAAAUGGUGAAUGACAGAUGUGAUCCUGAUUUGGAGAACAUAUCCAAAGAUUCAUUAAAGAUCAAGGACUGUACAUUUACCACCUUUGGAAUAAAAUGUUCAAUGGUUCACUCUGAAAUCAGUCAAUGCUGCACUGGCGCACGCAGCUUGCUGAGUACAGAGGAGUCUGCCAUUCUAAGCACUCACUCACGUGACCUCAGAGGUUGCAUGGAUACACAGCAGGAAGCUCUGGAUUGUACCAAAGCAUUUUUAGAAGAUGACGUUCAGAUUGGUAAAGGUCUCUCCAUGAUAUUAGAAAAUGUGCCAUUGCAAGAUAAAGCAAAGGCCAGCAAGAGCUCUAACAAGACACAAAGGGGAGCAGGAAAACGUUCUGUGGAGGAUGCAGAUAUGAGCAGUCAGCCUCCCCUGAAAAGAAGUUUGAUGGAAGAUUUUGACAGAGCUGUAGAUUGUCCAGUGGGGCCUACUGUCCUCCCUGAAAGAAUGUAUCCAGAUGGUAUGAUGAAAGACAGGAGUGUGUUUCAGUAUAGCAACUCACUUCAGCCAAUUAUGACAACACCACCCACCCAGUGGCAGAUGAGAACACCACACUUCACCCCAGGAGGAGGUAGAUCUUCACAUUCCAAGAUGACAGUUUUUGUUCCUCCAUUUCCAAAAAAUAAAAAGAGAGAAGCACACAAAAGUACUGUGCCCAGGGACAGCACAACAGCUACAUUUGUUCCUCCAUUCAAAAAAGUGAGAACUAUUCUCCAUGAAAGAUAUUCAUCAAAGCCAGAAGAGCCUGCUCAAGCAAACACUUUUGUUCCAGUAACCUCAAAAACACUAAGUAGGACAGAGGUCACUGGUACAAUGAGCACAGAAGACAUUUGGACAUCGUCCUUGGUUGAAACUGGAAGUGAUAAACAUCUGAAUAGUCUGAACCUUCUUGUGGACUGUGGAGUAGAUGUUCUGACUACAGAAACACCAGAAGUGGAGGACAAACCUGAAGGCCAGGAUUUGGUACAGAACCUUCAGAACAUAGACCUGGCAAGAGAUAUGCAAGAAAUGAGAAUAAGGAAAAAGAAACGGCAGACCAUUCGACCUGUACCAGGGAGUGUUUUCUAACUAAAGUCAGGAGCAUCAAGAAUUUCAUUGAAACUUGCAGUGAAUGGACAAAACCCCAGCAAAUGCACUCCAAAAGAGGUAAAGUCUGGCUGGGUGCAUCAGCAUGUGAUUGAGAUCACCAGCGAGACUGCAGAGUCGUAUCGCUUCAGUUUACAGCGUUUUUUUGGACUGGAGGCAUUUAUAGUUGAAGGUGGUGUUCAGCUUGCUGAUGGAGGUUGGCUGAUCCCCAGCAAUGAUGGGACUGCAGGGAAAGAAGAUUUCUUCUCUGUCGACAGGGCACUGUGUGACACACCAGGGGUAGAUCCAAAGCUGAUCAGUGAAGAGUGGGUGAACAAUCACUACCGGUGGAUAGUGUGGAAACGGGCCUCCAUGGAAAGAUCCUUUCCAGAAAUAAUGGGUAGCCUCUGUCUCACCCCAGAACAAGUUCUCUUACAGCUGAAGUACAGAUAUGAUGUGGAGGUGGACCACAGCCGCAGAUCAGCUCUGAGAAAGAUCAUGGAAAGGGACGACACCGCGGCAAAAACCCUGGUUCUCUGUGUUUGCGGGGUCGUCUCCUGGGGUCAUUCACAAUCAACUCAGAAUGAGAACAACAACAAGGCCGCACAGGGUCCCAGCUCAAAGGCUAAAAAUCCCAUUGCAGUUGUGUGGAUGACAGAUGGGUGGUAUCCCAUUAAAGCCCAGCUAGAUGGACCUUUGACAGUGCUACUCCAGACAGGUCGGCUGACUGUUGGUGACAAGUUGAUCACUCAUGGGGCUCAGUUGAUAGGAUCGCAAGAUGCUUGUUCCCCUCUUGAGGCACCGGACACUCUCAUGCUGAAGAUUUGUGCCAAUAGCAGCAGACCUGUACGAUGGGACACUAAGCUGGGGUUUUACAGAGAUCCUCGACCAUUCUUACUUCCUCUGUCUUCUUUGUACAGCAGUGGUGGGCCAGUAGGCUGUUUGGACAUUGUCAUACUGAGAAGUUACCCCAUACAGUGGAUGGAAAAAAAAACAGAUGGAGGUAUUGUGUUUCGUUCUGCUCGUGCAGAAGAGAGAGAGGAGAGACGUUACAACAGCCACAAACAGAAGGCCAUGGAAACCCUUUUUGCCAAGAUUCAAGCUGAAUUUGAGGAUGAAGAAAAAGGUAUUAACAAACCUCUUGGUGGAAAGCGGACACUUGGUCUUCAAGAUAUGGCAAGUCUGCAAGAUGGAGAGGAGCUGCAUGAAGCAGUGGGAGAUGAUCCAGCUUACCUAGAGGCUAAUUUGAGUGAGAAACAGUUGCAGACUUUAUGUAGCUACAGGCGCUCACUGGUGGAGAAAAAACAGGGUGAUAUCCAGGAAAGGUACCGUCGUGCUGUGGAAAAUGCAGAGGGCAAUGAAGAAGGCUGCCCCAAGCGAGAUGUUAGCCCUGUAUGGAGACUCUGCGUUGCCGAUUCCAUGGAGCAACUUGGAAAUUUUUACCAGUUGAACCUUUGGCGGCCUUCUCUGGAGCUACAGUCUUUGCUGAGGGAAGGUUGUCGAUAUAAAGUCUAUAACCUCACCACUUCUGAUGGAAAGAAACACAUUGGUAACACAAGAGUUCAGCUCACUGCAACAAAGAAGACACAGAUUCAGGAGAAACAGGUGUCCCAGGAGUGGUUGUCAACACGUUUUCAACCUCGGGCAUCUGUCAGUUUUGUGGAUCUUCAAAACCCAGAAUUCCAGCCAUUGUGUGGAGAGGUUGAUCUUGUGGGCUAUGUCAUCACAAUCAUUGAUGAGCAUGGUUCUUCUCCUGCAUUUUAUCUGGUCGACGGGGAACAGAACUUUGUUAAAGUGCGCUGUUUCAGUGGCUUUGCUCAGUCUGGCUUGGAGGACAUUGUCAAACCACUGGUGCUGCUGGCUCUGAGCAACCUUCAGCUGAGAACUCACUGCUCAUCAACCCUUCCUGUUGCGUUUGCUGGAGACUUGACCAUCUUUUCUACCAACCAAGAAAUUCAUUUGCAGGAGACCCUCGGCAAACUAAGAAACAUGAUUCAGAUAACAUCUUGCCAGCCAGUCAGAAGCCUUGGUUCAUUCACCCCUGUGACCAGGAAUCUUCCUCCCAUAAAUUGUUCGGCAGAGAAAGACCCAAGAAGCCUCAAGAGAAAGAGAGCUCUGGACUAUCUUUCUCGUAUCCCAUCUCCUCCUCCACUAACCCAUCUGGGGUCAGUGAUUUCACCUUCCAUAAAGAAGACUUUUCAUCCCCCUCGGAGGUCUGGGACACCUGGCACUUUAAAAACUGCACAGACCCCUGCUCGCACACCUGAUAAUUCACCCGUAGAAGUGAAUGGGUCGGUGAUGAUGAACUGGUUAUGA